ACUGGGUGUGGAUGGAAAGCUAGUGAAACAAGACCAGGACAAGUCACCAGCCAGCUCAGACGUGUUUGUAUUUCUCUUUUCUUAGCUCAGUGAGUACUGGGUAUGUGUCACACUGCCAAAUCCCCGAUCACAAGUCUCCAUGAACGGGCGGUGAGCUGGGAUAAUAAAACUCCUGACAUCACCAUUCCAGAAGCUUCACAAGACUGCGUAUAUAAGGGGCUGGCUGUAGCUGCAGCUGAAGGAGCUGACCAGCCAGCUGACCCCCUCCACUCACCUAGCCACCAUGGACAUCGCCAUCCACCACCCCUGGAUCCGCCGCCCCUUCUUUCCCUUCCACUCACCCAGCCGCCUCUUUGACCAGUUCUUCGGAGAGCACCUGUUGGAGUCUGAUCUCUUCCCAACUUCUACUUCCUUGAGCCCCUUCUACCUUCGGCCGCCCUCCUUCCUGCGGGCACCCAGCUGGAUUGACACCGGGCUCUCAGAGAUGCGCCUGGAGAAGGACAGAUUCUCUGUCAACCUGGAUGUGAAGCACUUCUCCCCAGAGGAACUCAAGGUCAAGGUGUUGGGAGACGUGAUUGAGGUGCACGGCAAACAUGAAGAGCGUCAGGAUGAACAUGGUUUCAUCUCCCGGGAGUUCCACAGGAAAUACCGGAUCCCAGCUGAUGUGGACCCUCUUGCCAUUACUUCAUCCCUGUCCUCUGAUGGGGUCCUCACUGUGAAUGGACCAAGGAAGCAGGCCUCUGGCCCUGAGCGCACCAUUCCCAUCACCCGUGAAGAGAAGCCUGCUGUCACUGCAGCCCCCAAGAAGUAGACGCCCUUUCUCCAACUGCAUUUUUUAAAAGACAAAAAUUUCCCCACCGGUGAAUGAAAAUCUUGUGAUUAGUGCUGAAGCUUAUUAAUGCUAAGGGCAGGCCCAAAUUAUUAAGCUAAUAAAAUACCAUUCAGCAACAGAUAA